AUGGCUUCAGAACCCCCUUCAUCCCCGCCCGGCGCGGAAGCAACCGCCGAGGACACCCUCAACUGGUACAAGGCGCAGUAUGAGCAGCUUGAGUCAGAACUCGCCGAGUUCAGAGAGUCGAGCAAGGAGCUGGAGCAGGAGUUGGAGAAGGAUAUUGAGAGGGCGGAGAAGCAGGAGCGCAUUUUGCAAGAAAAGGCCGAAACUCUGGGCUUCGAGGUGGAGGAGUGGAAGAGGAAAUACAGAGAGUCCAAGACGGAGGCUAGCGCAUCCCAGAAUGCGCUCGAGAAGGAGAUCACGACACUGCGAGACUCGAACCGGACUCUGCAACUGAAACUGAGGGAUAUUGAGGUGGCCAACGACGACUUUGAGCGACAGGCGCGCAACACCACGUCAUCGCUGGAGGACAUGGAAUCCAAGUACAACCAGGCUAUUGAGAGGGCGGUCAUGAUGGAGGAGGAGAUCAAGAUGGGCGAGCAGGAGCGUGAGCAACUUCGCAUCGAAUCUCAGCGCUUGCGCGAGGAGCUGGGCGACCUCAAGAUCGAGGCCGAGCUUCUUCAGGACAAGAUCAAGAAGCAGGAGUCCCGUCAUCUUUCCACCAUCUCGACCGACCUCUCCGUUCUCGAGUCGCCAACCUUUGACCACACCGGAUCCCCAGGGUCGACGGCCAGCUCGCCUCUUAUCACAACACCUCCCGAAUCCAAGUCGCCUAUUCCCGAUGGCGACACGCUGUCCGAACUCCCCGAUCCUCCUUCGCCGCCCAUGUCGGAUGUCUCGGCGCCUUUGCCCAAGGUCGCAUCUACAAGAACUCCGGCUGUGUCUCGAAAUGGCCGCUCUCGUCUUCCUUCGUCGUCUGACAACAGCAUUACCCCCAAGCCCCGGGCUAAGCCUCCCACCAAGACGACGAGAGCACCUGGCAGCCGAAUCUCGACUGGCGGCACUACGACUAUGCGCACACCUGCGAACCGCGCCGUUGGACCUCGCUCGGCUUCGCACAAGCUCCCCGCUUCCAACUCGCUUACGCACAUCCGAACCCUUACUGCGCAGAUGCAACGCCUCGAGGCUCGCGUGCACUCUGCACGAUCUAAGCUUCCCGGGCCGACGCGCACGCCAACACGAGCUUCGCCGCGCUCCUCCGUCUACGGAGUCAGCAACGUGCCUUCAACGGUUACGAUCCGUUCUCGCAAGCGCACUGUGGGCUCUACGACGUCUUCUGUAGCCGGUGACGACACCACCCCAACCAACAGUCAGAACUCUGGGACAUCCAAGGGUAGCCACAUGCCCCGACUUAGCACGUCUGGGGUCAGCCGGCUGUCGUUUGGACCACUGCCGAACCGUGGGGGCCCCGAGUCAGAAAUCAGCAGGCCCAGCUCACGUGCUAGCGUCUCGUCGUAUGCUCGGCCACCUUCACGAACCGCUGGAGACAUGAUCCCGCGACCUGUCUCUCGAACAUCUCUCACAGGAACGCGAACUCCUAUGGGCCGGCCCCGUUCAUCGCUUGGAGGCUCGAUUCACGGUCACUCUGCCAGCAUCAGCCAUCUCGAUCUGGAGGAGGAAGACGAGACCGAGUUCCGGACUCCAAGCCGUAGAGGUACAUACUCCAAGCUGGACCCUGACGGAGGUAUGACCGGCAUCCCCGCCCCUGGCAGCGGUAUCCCUAUGCCAUCAAGUCGGCGCCAGAGCGGUGGCCGACGGACUAGCAACGGGCCAAUGAGAUCCAGCAUCUCUGCUGGGCACAGGAAACUGAGCGACCUGGGAGAGACCUACUAA